AUGCGAGACGAAGACGAUGUGCCACACGUCCUGAAGCUGUUUACUUGCGACGGGAUACGGCGUUGGUCUUCUGGUUCACUCGCCGUUACUAAUAGAGUCCCGCGAAACGACGUUGCCGUUGUGGACGUGUUGCAAUUAACGACUGCUUGCGAUCGUAAUGGAAGCGACCCCGCGGUCUGCAAGUGGGAGACGGAAGGAAUCUUUCAUUUCAUCCUGCGACGUCUCGGUUUCCUUCGCGCGAGCAAGGCAAAAGACGCGGGGGACGGCGGGAUGCCUCUCGACUAUGGAGUGAGAAGACAUGCAAUUUUCCGCCUCUCGAGCGGACGGAGCCCCGAGACAAGGGAUGAUGAGGCCGCAAUGUGCCUUCGUGGUGUCGAUAAACGUGCCCGCCCCGACGAAACGUGCUACCCACGACCACCUGCCUACUUAUUUCACCUCCCGAUCGCCGAGCCGUCUCCCGGAAAAAUGACGGGGAGAGAAGCGAUGGUAUUUCAAAACAACGACGCGAAAAACCGCAUUGAACUCCGAGACGAGUACGACGCGCGCGGGAAACGGCGACAGCAACAGGGUCGACCGCUGCGCCAUGUGCACGCUGCCCGGUGGCGUCGUUGGCCAAAUCUGAGGACCUCACCGGACCGUUCGAUCGAUAGUAGCGACGGACGGUAUGUACAAAGGGUAGGGACGUGGUCAACGCGGGCUGUUGACCCGCGCCUACCGGAAAUUCCUUGUUCACGGGGUUGGUUACAAGCCCCAAUCCCUAUCAUAGGAGGCAGUCAAGAGUUUCAGCUUUGCAACAUUACUCCCCCCGGAACCGAACUCUGGUUUCCCGCAGGCUACCCGCCGGGUCAUGGAAGCGUACGCCGGUGGAUCGCCGGUCGGCAUCGUUUACGGUCGGAACUACGACAGUAUCUGAUCGUCUUCGAACCUCCGACUUUCGCUCUUGAUCGAGGAAAACGUGCUUGCCACACGCCAUCGCUGCAGUUUGUCUUGCGACGAUCCAAGAAUUUCACCUCUAACGUUGCAAUACGAGUGGCCCCGACCGCUCCCUUCGAUCAUUACCUCGCCGUAGACGGAGACCGACAGACGUAG